AUGGCUCCCAUAGAGGCAAUCGAGCUACAGCCGACCGUCAAAGACGCCACCCAGAUUGAUACGAACGAUUCUACACAUGGAUCCGAAGUUUACAACCAGACGCGAACACGGAGACUCUUCUCCUUCUCGCAGCUUUUUGCCUUCUCCUUGACUUACAUGGCCUUAUGGGAAGGCAUGUGCACAAACAUGUACUUUGCACUCUACAAUGGCGGGCCACAGACAUUCAUCUUCAGCUUCGUCAUCGUAUUUUGCGGAGCCAUCGCACAAGCCGCGUCGCUGGGCGAGAUGGCCUCGAUCCAGCCGGUCGCCGGUGCCCAGUAUCACUGGACGUUCCACCUCGCCCCCGCGCGGGUCAAGAGCUUCGCUACCUGGAUCCAGGGCUGGUCGACGUGGUUCGGUUACGUAUCGCUCCUUGCUGGGAUCGCUAACGUGACCAUCAUCCUCCUGGAAUCGAUGAUUGAGAUGAAUCACCCGAAUUACGUACCCGGAGGCUGGCACACCUCAGUGCUUGUCAUCGCCAUGUGCGUUAUUCAGGGGUUGAUGAACACGUACUGCUUUAGGGUCAUCCCGUGGGUCGAACUCGUUGCUGGCGUUCUCCAUGUCUGUCUGUUUGUCGUCUUCGUCGUUGUUUUGGCGGUGAUGGGAACUCGACACUCGGGUAGCUUCUUCUUGGAGACCAAUAUUGCAUCCGGCUGGACGGAUACGUUUAUUGCUUGGAACCUAGGCAUGUUGACAUGUGUUUGGAGCUUCACUGGUUUCGAUAGUGCUAUCCAUAUGAGCGAAGAGACCCGAAAGGCCAAAUCCGCGGUCCCUCGCGCCAUGUUCUGGUCCAUCUUCAUGAACGGAUGCCUCGGCUUCGUCAUGGUCUGCGUUAUCCUCGUCUCAAUGGGCUCCAUCGACGACGCCCUCAACUCGGCUAGCCCGAUUCUCACCAUACUUCUCAGCAUCACUGGUUCCAAGGGCGCGACGACUGCCAUGAUCACUGGCCUAUUCGUCGUCUCCUUCAGCGUCAACUUGGCCAACAUUGCCUCCGUAUCCCGUCUUACUUGGGCCUGGUCCCGAGACGGAGGUAUGCCUGCUUACCUGGCAUACGUCCAUCCCAAACACCGCGUACCGAUCCGCGCCAUUAUCGCCACGGUGCUCAUUGUCUGUGCACUCUGUCUCCUCAACAUUGGGAGCUCUAGUUAUAUCGCUUUUGGCGCCAUCACUUCUCUCUCUUCAAUGGCUCUUUACCUCAGUUAUGCCAUAGCGAUCAGCAGCAUGCUUUACGCUCGUAUCUCUUCCAAAGGAGGUGUCAAACUAGGAGAGUGGAAUCUCGGUCGGUUUGGUCUUUACAUCAACUCAUUCGCUUUGACAUACACUCUCUACGUCAUGGUUUUCCUUCCCUUUCCAUCAACAAUUCCUGUAACCGCCGAGAAUAUGAACUAUUGCGGACCAGUCAUGGUAUUCGUCUUGUUGGUUGCUGUUAGUCUUUGGUUCCUCAAAGGAAAGAAAUGGACCGGGCCGAACCUUUCGAUUUUAGACCUAGUUAUGGAUAGAUCUGAAUAA